AUGGAAGAAAAAAUUCUAGAAUAUCCAUAUUAUAAUAAACAUAGUUAUGAAUAUAAUGAUUCAGAUAUGAAUUUAGAUGAAGUAUCGCUAAGUAAUGUUAAAGAAUAUCUAUUACCAGAACUUGAAGAUAAUGAUAAAGUGAAUGAAAAUGAUGUAGAUUAG